AUGGAGGAGCAAGAACGCGUUCACGAUGAAGCUCGAUUGGGGUCGUUAAACUUACUUAGUGAUGUUACCGCAAAUUUUGAUGAGACAAAGUCCGCGAAGAAAGGACGACUAUUUGCGGAGACAAAAGUAAGAAACUGCAUGGUUAAAGCUUUGUUGGAUACGGGAGCCAACAACAAUUUUCUGGAGCAAGGUAAUACUCGCACAAUACCUUUAACAAGAGAGAGCAAGAGAGAAGCUAGACACCUAUCUGCCAUGCAACUCUCAAAAGGUGCGGAGAAUGCCUACCCAUCAUCUUUUGUCCCCGUAAAAGAAGCGUCCAAAGAGAAAAUACCUCCAGAAGGUCAUUACCAAUCGGAAUGCAGGAAACCUAAGCGUGUAGAUAAGAAGGAUGAUGAAAAGGAGCUGAAGGCUUUUAUAGCAAGAGAUGGAAAGAACAGACGAAGCAUCCAUGACUCUUACUUCUCAUCCACUACACUAAAUGACAUGGUCAUUGAAUUUCAUUUGGUGGAAAACAUGGAGGUUGAAGAAUGUCCACCCCUUAUCCGCAAAUAUUUUAAGGGUAAAAUGAAUGUUAGAUUGAAAGAGCUUGAAGCCAUUUUCGUUGAAUGCUCUGAUAAGGAGGAUUCAUGGAAGAUGGGGCUCAUAUUCCUCAUUUACCAGUAUCUGUUCGCAUCUGAUAAUAGGAGGAAUGGUAUUGACAAAGAUAUGAAACACCUCCGUGUGUUAUAUCUCGCCAAGAAGAAAACUUGGGACAAGAAAAGCGUCUAUGAUGUCGCUUAUACUUUACAUGGGUUCGCACUAGCCUUCCAAGUGUGGACCUUUGAGCUUAUCAAUACAUUCGUCCCCAAAUUUGCUAAAAGGACACACAAAAUUGAUGAGUCUGAGGAGGAGAAGCGGAAGUACUCUAGCUUUGAAGAUAUGAGAGGCAACGUUUAUAAUGAAUUCUUUGAAUUGGAUGGGAGAAGGAGAAAGAUUGAAGGUUGUGAAGAAGAUGAAAAAGAUGAAAGGACUCCCAAACUGUCAGCCAAGAAGAAUAGACUUAUUAGUCCCAAGCUCCCUGAAGUUAACGAUGAAACUAGCCAAGACAACUCUCAGCAAGUCCCUUCUGCGACGACUCCUCAAACUGAUAAAGACAAUUUUACAUCUUGUGCACCCAAUCGAGUGUCUCAAGCCCAUACUGAUGCUAAACUUGAUGAACUGACAAUGAAUAGGACGAAGAGAAAGAAUGAUGAGGUUGCACUUGAUACUGAGAAGGGGACGAAGAGGAAGAAUGAUGAGGUGAUGAACAAGAGGAAGAAUGAUGAGGAGAGGAAGCAGGAUGAGGAGAUGAAGAAGAGGAAGCAUGAUGAGGUUGAUGAGAUUAAGAGAAAGAAGGAUGAGAGGAAGGAGAGGCUGAUAAAGUUGUCCAAGAAGAGGAAGGAUGACGAGUUGGCCAAGAAGGAGUUGGCCAUGAAGAAGAGGAAGGAUGAAAUGGCCAAGAGGAAGAAUAUUGAGGAGGAGGAGGAGAAUACUAAGGAUAAGACUGAGGAGAAGACUGAGGAGAAUAAGAAGGAGGAGAUUGUUGAGAAAAUUGAGGAGAAGACUACAGAGAUUAUUGAGAAGGAGGAUGAGAAGACUGAGAAGAAGAGUGAAGAGAAUAAGGAGGAGGAGAAGAUUGCAGAGGUGGAGGAGGAGAAUAUUGCAGAGGUGGAGGAGAAGACUGUAGAGGUGGAGGAGAUUGUGGAGAAGGAGGUGAUUGUGGAGAAGAAGAAGGAGGAGAUUAUGGAGAAUAAGGAGGAUAAUGUGAAAAAAAUGUCUCCUUCACAAUUUAGAGGAAAAUCAUUUCGGAGAAAGAAGUCGAAAAAAUUGGAGUACUACACCGACCCUAGUGGGAAAGGGUUUAAACUUAAUAAUUCGGUUACGGUUAAUCCUAUGUUACAAUAUGACGAGGAAAAGAUGAAGGAAUUGAAGAAAUGGUUGAAGAGUAAGGAUAAAGACUUCAAGAAUUUGAGUACUUACGAAACAAAUUGUUCUUUAUUUAACAGAUUUCUCACGCCUCAAAAAUGGUUACACGAUAUGAACGUGAACGAUAUUCCGCCUCCUCCGAGGGAUUUCACGAUUCAGAUCGACCAGAAGAACGAAGCGAUCCUGUUACCGAUUCUAGGCAGCAUAGUCCCGUUUCAUGUCGGGUUGGUGAAGAGCGUUUCCAGCCAGCAGAUAUUGAAUCAUAACUGCUACAUCAGGAUUAUGUUCAACGUCCCUGGAACUCCUUUCAGUUCACCCGAGAGUAGUAAUAUUGACGUUAGGGAUGCAUAUUUCAGAUGUAAGGAUCCGAGGCAUUUAAGUGACUUGGUACAGAAGAUUGAAACUUUACGCAGGCAGGUGACUUGUAGAGAAUUGGAGAAGGCCGAGAGGGCGACGUUAGUCACUCAGGAGAAGCUUCAGCUAGGAAAAUUUAAACCGAUAAUGCUAUCGGGUCUAUGGAUUCGCCCCACUUUUUACGGGUGGAAUCGGGAAGGGAAAAUUUAA